AUGGUUGACGACGAUUUUCCUAAGGUUAAACAAACGUUGGCAUUUGCUUCGGCGUCUACUUUCGCCGAGGGGAACAACCACAGACGUCUUUCCUCGAGUAAUUCGAAAAGUGCUAAUGAAGUUCCUCCUUUAUCGAUGCCCAUGUUUCUCGAGGAAGAAAGUGGUGCUGUUAAAAAAAGGCCUCAUGAUAACAUGAGCAGCACAGCGCCGCCUGCGCGGCAGGCAGGAAAUGGUCCAUGCAACCGCGGCUUCUCGUCAUCGCCAAACAACUCCACCUCCCACGUAUCCAACCGGAGUGGACGCUCCAACGGUGGAAUGGCAACCUCGCCGGUAAACCUCCCGGUGCCUAUUUCACCCGAUAUCAAAAAGAGUAGGGUCCUUUCUGAAUCCAUGGGAUACGGAAGCAACGAAGGCCCCGAGGAGGAGGCGACGGGGGUGGUGGAGUACUGGACGCGCACCCUCCACAGCCUCCCCUCCUCUCGCCACGAUAGCGUGCAGUACGUUUUCAUCUCCAUGCUGAAGUUUUUGGUGGAGGAGAUCCGAACCACGCCACCGCUGCAGCAGUUAUGGACCCUUCUUCUAGUGGUGAGUUUGCUCGGAGGGAAUGUGUUGCAGGUAAUUGGGUUAAACUUCUGGUUGACCAAGUUUCCUGCGGAGGGGGCGCCUGGAAAUUACACCAUCUUCGCCGUCUCCAGCCUUUUGUUUGCGAUUUUCUUUAUUGUUUUGUUGGCUCUUUACGUCUUUAUUCACUCACCCGAUCUGUCGUUUGCCUGGCAUGGAUACGGCCUCAAACUGCUCGUGCUCGCCGGGGUGUUGGAUGCGCUGAGCAGCACCUUGUCGAUCUAUUCCGCCUCUCACACGCCAGAGAUGCUUCAGACACUCUUCACCGCUUUUGUUCCCGUCUACACGGCAGUCCUUGCGAAGCGGUUUUUACACGAUGCCAGGGAUUAUUUCAAUCAGUGGACGAUCGUGAGCUUCUCGCUGAUCGUCGCCGGGGUGCUUCUGGCGUCCCUUUCUCAUUUCUGGGCGGCGGUCGCGAAGAAGAACGGGAAGGAGAACCGCGAUGGGGAACCGUCGUCGGCGAUCUCUGGCUACGAGCAGGUGAUCUGGAGCACGCUUUUCUUUCUUUCCGUGCUCCCAACCGUCUUUUUAAAUAUCACGCAAACCGUAUACAUGAAGCGUUACACCAAUGAGGAGGAGGAGGAGCUGGGAGGGGAAGAGGGGCGGUUUGACGUCUUCGGCUCGCCCCGUCGCGGCCACGACGAGGGGAGCGGCGAAGACGACCUGGAAGCCGCCGGAUCCCCAGGGGUUUCCAUCGCGGCCUCCACCAUGGCCUUUUCCUCGCAUUCGGGCCACUCCACGACCGCGUCGCCGCCGCCGCAACGCGGGGAGGACACCGCGGUGAAGCUGGUGAUGCUCAGCGUCGAUACGACCGUGCAGUUCCUCUUCGCGCUUGCCUUUUUGCCGCUGGAUGCGCUGCCGUGGUUUGGGGGGAGUCGUGGGAUCGGCCAGACGUGGUCAAACUUCCUUUCCGGCCUCCAAUGUGUCUGGCGGGAGCCGGGGAAUCUCGCCUUUGGCGGGGUCUACACCGCGGGCUUCGUCCUAACCUACCUCGCCGCCUCCUAUCUCAACCAACGCAGCGUGACGCUCUGUGCGGUGGUCGGGCAAUUAACCUCCCCGACCACCGCGAUGGUGUUGCUGUUCGUUCCCGCGCUCAACCUCGGUGGGGAAGGGGCGUCGUGGGGGGUGAGCGCCGUCGCGGUGGGGUUGCUCGCGGCCGGGGUUCUCGUGUACGUCGCGUGGGAGGCCCAAACGCGCCCUGCACGAGGGAGGGGAGGGCAGGGGAUGGCGAUGCCGUUACUCGGACGACGAAGGACGGAAGGAGGGCGCGGAGGGGGGGCGUGA